AUGGCGCCGCCUGGACUAUUGCUUGUUUUGCUAUGCGCUCUGCUGAUGAGCAUUCUGCCCAAUGCCGCGACCCAGUCGACAUCCGUCCUGCCUCGGGUUCACCCAUCAAAGCUCGCGGCCGCGACGAAUCUGACAAUAGGCGUGGCGGGAUUCUUCACAACCAAUUCCCCGCCACUGACGAUACAAAUGUACAAGACCAUGCAACAUAGGGCCAACUCGGUGCUUUCGUAUGCGAUAUACGUCAACUCGAGAUCUAACCCGUGCGGCUGGGCGACCAAGGCCGGACAUUCUCUCUGGAGUGUUCGGUUGUCGCGUUCGAUCCAGCAUCUGUCGGUGAGGCUCAUUCAGACAGGAAACUACCGGAAUCUGAUACACUCGAGCGGAAAGUCGGUGAGCCUCUACCCCGUCCCACAGUCGAGUGCAAGCUCGGCAGAGCGCAUCGGCAUUGUCACUCGGGGGCGACUUCACCUGCCACUUACUCGUUCGGGCCGAUAUCAUUGUACCCUGAACUCUUUGAAGCUCACGGCCAUCAUGGACAACUUGGGGUCUAUCAGCCGGAGCGCAAGAAUCAACGCCGUGAUUGGCGAGUCGGAGAGCAAUUUCCCCUUGUUCGAAGGAAAUGAACGGCUUGGUGCCGUGGCGGCUGGCAUCGCAAAUGUGCCGUACUGCUCUCCAACCACCCCCGACCCUGUUUUGUCGGACAAGUCCAAAUAUCCAACUUUCUUCCGAACUAUACCCGAGACAUCGCUGGCUGGGGCAGGGACCUCUCUUCGUCCGCGGGAACCGCCUCUCCAGUCGUCUGAUUACUCCACAAUCGGAGGGGAUCUCAUUGGCGGGUUUGUGGACGAGGCGCCGGUUCUGGGUCUCGAUGUGAUGUUCACGCGAUUUCUGGGCGAUAAUGCUCGCCAGAGUAUUGUUGUCGAUCCAGCCGGAUGGGAUUACUCCUCCACGAUAGCGGCCAUGAAGAACUCCAAAGUUCGGGUGUUCGUAGUACUUGCUGGGAGCUACGAAGCCUCGUGUCUGUGGCUGCAUGCUGCCGCGGCAGGAAAUCUCACAGGCAGCCAGUUCUCGUGGUUUGUGUCGAACGGCCUCUCAGCUCCAGAUAUUAUGAAGCAGAUCAAUGCUGCGAUCGACCCCAAUCCUAUACCUGACAACUCAACCAUCACCGAGGCGUUUAUCGAUCAACACUACGUGCUGCAUGGUCCAAUAUUGACCGACACUGACGGUGACAUGUGGAGCUACCUCAACCUAACCUUCAACUACUUGGGAAUGGGCAAACUACGGAUGACACCCGAAGUAAACUUUCCUCCUUGUGUUAUCGAUCAUCUGAACCUCUGGCCCUGCGCUUCUUCCGACAGAAUGUCAUUCGAUUGCGCAGUCCUUAUCGUUGCUGGGUGGGACUAUCUUCUCAAGAACAAUUUGACGACGCCAGAAGAUAUUAUGAACAAUCAGAUCCCACGUGGGUUGGUGAACACAUCCAUCUUCAAUGUGUCAGAAGGGGCGUCUGGGUACAUUGGACUCAAGGAAAAUGGGAACAGAGAAUCAGCCGUGGUUGAGUUUCUGAGUAUGCCCACGGGCGAGACGGAUAUACCUUUGAUGUCGUCGAUGAGCUUCCCAUCAGCUCCGAAUCAACGGACUCUGGAGCUGGACCAAAUAGUCGGUUUAAUUCCGGCCGACUACCCCGUCAACAUCAUCAAUCCCUCGGACGCUGAUGUUCUCUGGGCACGCGUGUCUGGCUUCCUUGGAAUGCUCAUGUGCAUGGGACUGAUGGCUUAUAUGCUAUAUCAUCGAAACACCAAGGCCGUCGCGGUUUACGGAAUCACAUACACCACGAGCGUGCUACUCGGAUGCUCGCUCGGGUACACGCUUAUGGUCGUGCGAAAAACUCUCCCGGAUCCACUCAACUGUGUCAUAACCGACUGGUGGAGCUCAAUAUCAUUAACCCUAUGUAUCUGCGAUUUUGACGCUUCUCUGCCGUACAGCCCUCCAACAGUCAAGGCAGUCGCAUAUUAUCUCAGAAUGAAGAGUAUCAUCGCCAAGCGCAAACCUGUCCCCGAAUAUCGGAUGGCGCUUGCCACACUCUUGGCCCUAUCAGUUCAAGUUUUGAUAUCCAUCAUCUUUCAGCAAGCACCAGUUGAUGGCGUCAGCGUCGGAAAUCUCAAUGACGUUGACCAACUCAUAUCAUGCCAUCCACUCGACCACUUUGAUGUCAACAACUUGAUGUCCGUGCAUGCACUGGGCCUCAUUCUAGCCAUUAUGGGAAUCUACUUUGGAACAGUCGGUGCCAUGGACACUGAGUAUUUAUGCGAAGUACAUUCGAUUCUAUUCCUCCUUGGGAGCUUUAUCGUGUGGACAGCAGCAGCGUAUGGAAUCAGUAUCUUGAGGCCACUCAUGAUCUACCGUUUCCAAGUGAUUGCUUGUCGUCAGUUGGUCAUUUCAACUUCGGUCCUCAUAUGCGUUGGCUUACCGUUGGUGUUGAGCACGGCCGACAAAAGCUCUGCCUUGCUCGUCGGUGGAAGUCCUCGGGCAAAUCCAGCACAGCCUGAGAUGGCAGUGUCGUUCAAAAUACCUCCAAAGGUGCCUCCCGACGUUCUCGCCCAAGGGGGUGUAUCUCUCGUCAGAACCAAGGCGCUGCCACAAGUGGAAAUCGGCAGAUAUCGGAUGUUGCAUCGGCCCGCUUGGAUCGGAUUUGGUCUCUGGGAGCUGUAUCUCCCAGGGUUUUCUGUUCUCUAUGCCAAGCCGCUUGACGAGAGCAAGCAGGAUGUUUCAUUUGUGCUUCCAUUGCUCCAAUCCAUCGUUCAUGUCAAUCGCGGUGACGAUAU